ACGGUAUUUCCUUGUAUAUUGAUCCUACUACUGGAUAGGCUUUUAUUUUAUUGGAAUUAUAUUGACUUCCACCAAGGACAUUUAACAUACCUAUAUAGACAUGCAGGAUUUUAGGUAUUUUACGUAAUUCAAUGCUUUGCUUGAUUAUGUAUAUAGAAAUAUUUGUUUAUGCUAUGUUUGUGUUUGUCAGACCUCAGUGUCCAGUAUGUUACAAGAUAUUUGCAACACAGGGAAAUUUAAAAAGGCAUUCGUAUACACACAGAAGUAUGAAGAAAUUUCAGAAGUUUAUAUGUAGUAUAUGUGAUCUUGACUCGGGUAGUAACAGUCAGCUUCAAGAGCAUAUAAAACAAACUCAUAGUAAGAAUAUUGAAAUGGGAAAAUGUCCUUACUGUUCAAAGAUUUUUAAAACUCAACAUAAUUCUUUUAAGAAACAUAUUUGGACACAGCACAAUCCGAAUUAUAAAUUCAAUUUUAUUUGCUCAAUUUGUGACAAAGUAAUGACCUACGAGAGCAGUUAUGUAAAGCAUAUCGAAACACAUAAUCAAGAGGAACCAGAUUAUCGAAAGAGACGUUGUGUUUGUGAAAUAUGUGGGAAAGAUAUUCUUAAAAAGAAUAUCCGUCCACAUAUGAAAUGUCAUCUAGGUGUAAAACCACAUAAAUGUGAACACUGUGGUAAGUCCUUUAUUAAUCAGAAAAUAUUACGACAUCACAUUCGAACGCAUACUAAAGAAAAACCCCAUAAGUGUCCAGUAUGUUUUAAAGGAUUUACACAACCAUACACUGUAACAAUACAUAUGAGAUAUCAUACAGGAGAGAGACCUUUUAGUUGUUGCGUAUGUAACAGAGGAUUUGUUACAAGAGCUGAACUUAAAAGCCAUGUUUGCAAAGGUCCUCAAAUUUUUGGUAACUUUGCUGCUAUUUGUAAUAAAUAAUUCAUUGAUUUUAGAUAUAGUAGCUCCAUUCCAUCAAAGCUAAAAAUUAUUUAUAUACAGGGUGUCAAAAAAACUUCAGUGGGUGAUUCU